GGCGGAUGUGUCCGGUGAAGACAGCGAACUCAGCUUGUAUAAGGUCGUUCUCGGAGCGUCUGCGGCUUUGCUAGCGAGGUUGUUCUCCACACGGCACCGAAGAGCGCGGAACGCCAACGUCAACAUGAACCAAUCGCAACGCGAAAUGCCUCGGGACCUUCAACAUGCCCCCGAUGCCGCUCCCCGGCCCGCCCCUACAGUGGCUCCUGAGCCUGGUUCUGUUGAGGCUUCCCAGGCCAUUGCGUCUGUCAGCCUCCUGCCGGCGCCUCGUGACGAUGAGGAGCAGGAAGCUGCAAGAGCAGCAAAAGCUGUUUGUGAAGACCUGCUUCUUCCUGAGGGUCAGAGCAUUAAGGAACUCCUCCAGAUGGUUCCCCUUCAAAUCCCGGAUGACUCGAAAACUCAGACAAAUCUCCAAAGAUUGGCCCGGCGUCUGAGACCGCAGCGGCCGCCUCGGGAAGGGAAUUUGCCGGUCCUCCUUACACCGAACAUGAACGAAGCAAUGGCGAGUGUCAUGGAUGAGCAUCUCGUAAACGUUAGCUAUGUCAGUGCUUACUCGCAAAACCAUUUUGAGAAAGUUGUCGAAACGGGUCCCCUACGCCGCUUCGCUGAAGCAUGCGAGAACGGAGCGGAGACCGCGGAAGAACAAGCGGCACAUGAGUUUUGGAGUAAAAUUGUGAAACUUUAUACCAUCCGUUCUAUCGCAAGGAGCGAGCACCACCAGUUCGCCGAGGUUGUGGGCACAAAAUGGUUGGACGAAAAUAAGGCGCUUUAUGAAAGUUUUUACACACGUGUCUCAGUCAACACGAUGGAACUCCAGCGGUUAUUCUUCUUGAACUACAUUGAGACGGCAAAGCGUAUUGGGUGGGAAUGCCUUGAUACGCAGGGCAAGCCUAUGCCCGCAGACGUGCCGGAGGCCUACUUGAAUCAUUUGGAAAAACAUAUCAAGGUGAGACGAGCAAUUCUGAAGGCGACCUUGUGGAGGCUUGCGGGAAGACAGAACGAACUAACUCUCGAUGAGAAGCAGACAGCGGAUCGCAUCAUAUCAGACCAAGACCUAACGCAAACCCCUGGCGGGACGCCACUUUCCCCAUUCGAAGCCAGGAUGUUUACCGCCGGCUGGACUCCUCGCAAGGGCUAAAUCUAGUAGCUCCACACUCAUAUCUUGGACCUCGUUCGCUUGUUCAGUAUCACAGCGGGGCUUCAGUUUUUUAUGCUUAAGGGUAUCAGGCGUCUUCAGUCAAACCGUUGUCGCACGGGCUCUUUCGCUGAAGAAUCACCGCUGUUUGUCAGUGUACGCUACUGCCACCACUGGACCGCUGCAGAAUUAAUCGAACCUAUCGGGAAGUGAUGACCUCUGUAACGCGAAAGGUAAAUUUCCGGCUUGCCUCCAAAAUGCGGGAGAUGAAGGUUGUUCAAAGUAUCUUGAGCUGUGGUUUACCAGGGGUACUCGUCGCCCCAUUCCUCGGAGGGUCAAUGUGUCUAGUACAAGGCGCAAGUGGUUCAGCCACGGGUCAGUGUUCUGUGGUAAUUGGGUAUAUUUUGUGACUUUUUUGUGGUGCACAAACCAUGUGUUAUUGCUUGCGCAUAGCGACUGUGAGGUUGCAGUGUAGCAUCUGGGACCCAAGCACUGUACAGAGCACUGUGCAUGCUUUUAUGUGCGUGUUCUGACG